AUGUCAUCCCAUUCCACCUACUACGACCGGCGCCUGCGGCAAGGCCCUGCCCUCGUCCGAGCUCGACGGCCAUAUCUCUUCAAGAAUGCAGUGACCGGCCUCGGUCUGUUUGCGCUCGUCGGAGGAGUCUACUGGUAUACCCUUAACGCUGUCGGACAGGACGACUUUGAGGACGUCAAGGUUCCGGAUGCGCCUCGACAGGCAAAAUAG